AUGGCGUCUUGGGGGCUCCUUGUGACCGGCGCCUCCUUCGCCGCCUGCCGGGGGCUGCACUGGGCGCUGCAGCUGCUGCCCGCGCCGGGAUCCGCUGCCCAGGACCGUUGGAAGUGGCGCAACAUCUGUUUCUCCCUGCUGUACAGCCUGCUCACAGGGGUUGGGGCGCUGCUCGAGCUGUUGGUGUACCCUCAGAUGGCUGCCGACCCGAUUCACGGCCACCCGCCCUGGGCCCUGGUGCUGGUGGCUGUGUCCGUGGGUUAUUUCUUGGCAGAUGGAGUUGACAUACUGUGGAACCAGACCUUGGGCCAGGCCUGGGAACAUCUGUGUCAUCAUUUGGUGGUAGUGAGCUGCUUCGGCACCGCCAUUCUGUCCAGCCACUAUGUGGGCUUCUCUAUGGUGUCUCUGCUCCUGGAGCUGAACUCUGCCUGCCUGCACCUACGACAGUUGCUGCUGCUUUCUCACCAGGCCCCAUCCCUGGCCUUCCGCAUGGCCAGCUGGGCCACCCUGGCCACCCUGGUCCUCUUCCGCCUGGUGCCUCUGGGGUGGAUGAGUCUGUGGCUGAUCUGACAGCAACACCAGGUGCCUCCUCCUCUGGUCAUCCUUGGUGCAACUGGGCUGGUCACUGUGGGUGCCCUAAGCAUCACACUGGGUGUCCGUAUUUUGGUCAGCGAUGUCCUGCGGUCUCAGCCUCAUCCACCCAUCCCUGGGCACAAGGAAACCAGGGGCACAAGGAGAUGUCGUGAUGGUGAGCUUGUCACCAGGGAUGAUUCCACUCUCAGCCUGAAAGACUAGAGAGAAGCCUCAGGCUCCUCUUCUGCCAGUCCUGGGGGAGGUAGGGCCAGGACAAGGAGAUGGUGGUCUACAGUGUACAGUCCUUCAUUGGGGUAAGGACUGGACUGAAUUUUCAGUAUCUCGGUCCCUCUUCCAAGUCACUCACACCCCUCCCCUAUUCCUAGGAUCUGAGAAGAAAUGCUGAUGUUCAUGGAUGGGUGGGAAACUGGGCUAUUGUUCAGUGAAUUCCAUCAUCAGAUGACUGCUUCUUCCAGCAAACUAACUCGAGGUACGGCCAGUGCUACCAAUAAGGGGUGGCAGGAGGCAUGAAGCUAAGUGAAAUUGCCAGUGACAUCCUCUACUUUUAACACAGGAACAGGUGAAGAAAGGUGAGGUCCUAUUAGGACCGGAGAGAUCUAAUGUGGAGGGGGUGGGUUCAGAGGGAAGAGAGGUCUCACCUGCAACCAAAUUCUAGCAGGGGGAGGAGGCCACAACAGGUGCUAUCUGUAGCAGUAGGGAUGGACGUACUAGUGGCCAAGAAACAGAAGAACUGGACCACUAGAGUUGCUGCUAUUUCUGGUUCUCAAAGCCACACUACUGUGUUUGUACUUACUGCUAGUCCUACUGCCUUUUAAAUUUUUAAAAAGCCCAGCAUCUGCCUUUUAAAUUUUCUUACUAUCUCCUGACC